AUGUUCGAAAGGAACGCUGAUAUUGCAGUAUCUCCAUUACAUUCUAUACCUGUAAUCAGUGGCAAAGGAAAGCUCCCCAAGCGAAGUAUUUCCAAGGGCGCACAUUCAGGAAAUUCAGGCAGAAGCCCGGAAACAUUACCGCCAAGCCCGUCUUAUAUCACCACAAUAUUCUAUCUGGCAUACCCGCCGCCGCAUAGCUCCUCUCCUUUUCGCCAGAUCAAGCCACGGUUAUUACUUCAGCUCCUCCAACAAGCAGCUAGAAAGAAUAGACUUCAUCCAGUUUUUGAAGUCUUGCUUACAGCGCCAGUGGGGUUACAACACUACCAGAAAGAGGUCCGCUGUAGAUCAGGUGACAUAGCCUUGGUCCACGGUGAUUAUUAUAGUGAUUGUACUUUACCGGACGGCUCAAGAGCCAGAUAUUCGGGGGAAGAGGAAGAUGAAGAUGAGCGAGCAGGGAAGAUCAAAGUGCUUGCAGUUAUUCGAGACCAGCGGAAGAACCAUGCAAGACGGGAUCAUCUAGGACGAGCUGCUGACAAUGACAGCGGCCCGGUCAGGUUCUUCUUCAGCUGCGGUGCUAUAUGGGAAGCCAUCACUGCACAAAAUGGAAACAACUAUCAGUUAGUAGCAGUUGACCCGGGGGAAAGUACGGUCAAUGGGGAUUUGAAACUGAUAACAUGGACGCGAGAAUGCCCUUCCCAUGAAAACGGGGGAAACGAAACACGAAGAGAUAUCAGAUUUCGCCUGAGCAUUGUGAAUGGGGAUUUCCAAGAGUUGCCGAUAAUGGCCACUGCUACAAUGCAAUCCAUUCAAAUCAUGUUCCAACCCCGGAAACAUGACGACUUGAAGUCGCCCUCAUCUUGCCGACCCUCGUCAUCACUCCCAUCAAUCAGUAGGGAAAGGGCACAAUUGCUCACCACAAGAGACAAUCCGUUCGGCUCCCUGGACGUAUCAGUUUCUGAACCGUUGUAUCUCUUGUGUCUUGUUCUUACCUCAGCUGUGUGGGUAGCUUCCAGUGAGGGAUGGUUAAUUCUGUGA